AUGUUUGGCAGGCAUUCUACUCGCAUUGGAACGAAUUACAGACACCAAGGGAGCCUCGCGAGUGCUGUGAGCAUCGGGUGGAGAGCACGCCGGGCACCAGCCAGGGGAAGUGGGAAAACAACGUUGCAGAACCACGACUGUCGGGAGGACUACAGAAGCAGAAGCAGGGCGAUGCAUCACCACUACAUACGACUAGCGAGAUACAAAUACGGAACAUCAGUUCAGUGA